GCCGUCAUACCCGGAAGUAGUCUGUCAUAUUUUUCGUUGGUGUUCUGUUUUUAAUGGGAAUGGAGGAAAUUUUUGACUCGGACAGUAACGUCAGCUGCACUAUGGAAUAUCAUGUUAGUCUACAGUGAGAAAAGAAGCUUUUCACUUUAAAUCAGUCUCCACGAAGCUGCAAUAACUUGCCAAGGACUAUAGGUUAAGGUAAUUUCACGAAUUUGUGCAAAAUAGAUUAAAUAUUUGCCGUAGAAUUCAUCCAGGUUGCAUAUUUCUGUUAAUCCUCGCCAUACACUCGCGGAUGUUUACGUGCAGAAUACAGCUGUUUCCGAGUUUGGAGUCAUUCUUUACGGAUGGUUUUGCAAAAGAGUGUUUCGCAAUACAAGACGAGCCCAUGUGGACCAAGUCACCUCCUGGACUGACUGAGAUAACAGACUUCUGAUAAGAUGACCAUGAUGGUCUUUGCAGCAAGAGGAGUCCUUCUUAACCUGAGGUACACCUUCCAGAAAGCAGGCUCCUUCGCCAGAAUCAGACUCUUCCAGAGCUCCAAGGCAUGUUUUGUUAAAAGAGGCCAGAUUUUAACCCACAUACCGAAGGUUGCUGUGUUAUGCUGGGGUGCAGCCAGUGUGUCAUCAUGUGCAGCCAGAUGUCAGGAAGCAGCUCUUCCACUCAAGGCUUCUGACAGAAAGUCUCUUGCCAAAGUCCAAGUGCACAAAAUAGUCUUUUUUCUGCGCCUCAGCCUCCGUGCAUUGGUUCUGCUCCUCAAAUUCGGUCCCCUGCUUCUCCUCGCCCCCUUGGCUCUGGUGUCCACCCACUGGGCGUCUUGCUGGCUGGACGCUCUGCUGUGGGUGACUGAAACAUCUGGUCCCACUUUCAUCAAGCUGGGUCAGUGGGCCAGCACCAGGCGAGACAUCUUCCCUCAGGAGUUCUGUGAACGUUUCUCCAGGCUCCACGUUAAGGUUCGUCCUCACUCCUGGUCCCACACCAAGCAGUGUCUCCGCAGGGCUUUCGGAGAGGGCUGGAGAAGGGUUUUGGUGUUUGAGAGCAAAGAGCCGGUGGGUUCAGGAUGCGUGGCCCAGGUGUACCGAGGCUGGGCCAGGGUGGACCAGGUGGACGACCCAGCCUUCCAGCUGCUGGUGGAAGAGAUGGAGAAAGAAGACUUGCUGGAAGCCUGGGAAAUCCCUGGUCUGGGAGGUGCAGUGCGCACUCUGCGGAAACUCUGGAGGGGGUGCAGAGAGGAGGAGGGCUGUGAGGAGAGAAAUCCUCCUGGGAAUCAGCAUGAGGAGGGACGCCUGAUACCUGUAGCUAUCAAGGUGGUCCAUCCAGGCGUCAGGAGGCAGGUGGAGAUGGACUUAUUACUUAUGAAAGCAAGCAGCUGGUUUCUGCACUGCCUGCCGGGACUCAAAUGGCUCAGUAUGUGGGAGAUCGUGGGGGAGUUUGAGAAGCUCAUGACCAAACAGAUUGAUCUCCGUUUUGAAGCGAGAAACAUCGAGCAUUUCCGGGAAAAUUUCCGCGAUGUUGAGUAUGUCAAGUUCCCAACUCCGUUACGACCGUUUGUCACCAGGACCAUCUUAGUGGAAACUUUUGAAGAGAGUGAGCCCAUUUCUAACUACCUGAACUCUGAGAUUCCCAAGGAGGUGAAGCAGAGAAUCGCCAGGAUGGGAGUAGACACCCUGCUGAAAAUGGUUUUUGUGGAUAACUUUGUCCACGGGGAUCUUCAUCCCGGCAACAUUCUUGUCCAGCGUCUCGGGCCUCAUCCGGGUUCCAGUGACGGUGUCUCAGGGGAGCAGCAUGGGAAGACCACCCUCACCGACCUGUGGGACACGGUGGUGGUCAGCGUCAGACCAGACCCGUGUCCUUUCCAGCUGGUGCUGCUGGACGCUGGCAUCGUAGCCCAGCUCAGCGACCACGACCUCGCCAACUUCAAGGCCGUCUUCACAGCUGUGGUGCUGCGUCAGGGGGAGCGAGUGGCAGAGUUGAUUCUGCAUCACGCUCGAGCUAACGAGUGUCGUGACGUGCCUCAGUUUAAGAAGGAGAUGGCCGAGCUGGUGGAUCAUGCCCUCAGCAACACCCUCGCUCUGGGAAAGAUCCAAGUGGCUGACUUGCUCUCCAGAGUCUUCAGUCUUCUCGUCAAACACAAGGUCAAGCUGGAGAGUAAUUUUGCCUCCAUUGUGUUUGCCAUCAUGGUGUUAGAAGGUCUGGGCAGGUCACUGGAUCCGAACUUGGACAUCCUGGAUUUGGCCAAACCCCUGCUGCUAAAGAACUGUGCCUCACUGCUCUGAUACGCACAAAAGCACACACAGCUGAAGGACAGUGUAUCACACACAGACACACACCUGUAUAGGAAGUGAAUGCACAGGUACUCAGACCUGCAGUCAGGUCCAUAAAUAUUUGGACGUUAACACAGUUGACAGCAUUUCGGCUCUGUGCCCCACCAUAAUGGAUGAGAUAUGUAGCAAUCGAGAUGCGCUUUAAGUGCAGAUUUUCAGCUUUAAUUUGAGGGUAUUUCUACUCAAAUCAGGUGAACGCUGUAGGAAUUACAACACAUUUAAUAUGUGACCUCCACCAAAAGUAAAUGGGCAGUUGACUGCUCAGCUGUUCCCUGGCCAGGUGUGUGUUAUUCCCUCAUUGUUUCAUUUACAAGGAGCAGAUAAAAGACCCAGAGUUCAUUUCAUGUGUGGUAUUUGCGUUUGGAAUCUGGUGAGGUCAGCUCUCAAUAUGAAGUCCAAACAGCAUCAGUACCAGUGAAGCAAGCAAUCAUUAACCCAUCAGAGAGAUGGCAGAAACAUUAGGUGUGGUCAAAUCAACGGUUUGUUACAUUCUUAAAAAAUAAAGAGCGCACUGUUGAGCUCAGGAACGCAAAGCAGGGAGUGAAGACAGCAGCAGUAGAGGCCAGGCAGAGCAUCACCAGGGACCAAACCCAGUAUCAGGUGAUGUUUACUUGUUGUCAUGCACCGUCCAGUGGAAGCUACUUUUAUUUUCAUCAUGCCAUGUGUGACGACAAUAAAACUCUUCUAUUCUAUGUCUUUGGGUUCCAGACUCCAGACUGUCGUUGACUGCAAAGGAUUUUUCCAUCAAAUAUUAAAAGUGGCAAUUUGAUUUAUGAUUGUUAGUUUGUCCAAUUACUUCUGGUCCCUUAAAGAGGUGGAGAGCACAUCGAAAAUGUGUUGCAAUUCCUACACCGUUCACCUGAUUUGGAUGUAAAUGUCCUCAAAUUAAAGCUGAAAGUCUGCACUUAAAGCACAUCUUGAUUGUUUCAUUUCAAAUCCAUUGUGGUGGUGAAAAAGAGCAGAAAUGGUGAAAAUUGUGUCAUGUCCACAUAUUUAUGGACCUGACUGUGUAUAUUAUAUGUAUUCAGUCCAUCUACAGAAACACUUCAUGUGUACAUCCUCCUGAUGCCAUAAUGAAGGGUUGUUUUCAAGCUCACAAUGCAAGAUUCCACUGCGGAUCACGUCUCCUCUCUACAUUUCAGCCGUGUUGAUGCCAGUAUUGCCUCAUUGCAUUAUGUAUUAGUGGGUGUUUCCACUUUGAUCACUGCUACUCUCGAAUUAUCAACUGUCCAACUGAAGUACGAACAUUUCACACAAUGAAAUCAGCUUCCAAGCCCCUACAGCUCAGCCUAAUGAAUGAGAGUGUAUGUGCUUUACACAAAGCACCCCUUGUAGUUUAUUGAGUGCUAAUGGAUGAGUCAGACACAUCGGCAGACACACAGAUGGCAUCAGAGACCAUUUGUAGUGAUUUAAGAUAUAAAACAAAAUAGUGAGGGAAUCCCUAGUUGAUACUCAAAAGCAUAUUUUUACCUUUUAAUGACUAAUAUUGAUCUCAGGAUAUCACUGCGUCUUUUAUUGCAUUGUCUAAUGGACCAUAUUUGCUCUAGUGUGAAUCACACUGUACUGUAUCGUUUGUUCUUAUCCACUACAUGAACAAUGUGAAUCCUGUGGCUGAUUGUACUCACAACUGACCUUUUACUUUUAACUUUGAGUUAAAAUAGUGGGAACACAACAUGAAAUAUUUGUAUCAAUAAAUAAGGGAAUCAAUGCAAA